AUGCCCCAAGCACUCACCCCGCAGGCGGACAACCCAAUCCUGGGGUGGCGUUUAAACGCCAAGGCACCAAGGAGCGCCAGUGGAUGCUUAGUGGAAGACAAGCCCGGGCAAGACGGCUUCAUGGCGCACAAAAGCUUUGUCAAGAGCCGGUGGCACCAGAGUGGCAGAGAGCUUGUUUGCAGAAUCUUCCGUCGCGCCAGCUAUGGAUGGUGGAAUGCUGCUCAUGAUGGACGGUCGAACAAAAUAAUUGUUUUUGGUGUCCUGUCCUGGAUGGAAGGUUGCCUCGUGGGUGAGGUUUUCAAGCACCCCAGAAGCCGGGCACAGAUCGGCGUCAACAUCUCUCCUGAUUUGUCCGCCACGACAUCCGUCAACCGCAUAUCUCGAAUGAUUCCAGAACUCUCCACAGCGGAAGCCAGUUCUGACUCCGAAUCACCUCCGCUCGACUCCAAAUUUCGGGCACGAAAGCAGCUGCUUCCGAUAACAAGCUAUUGCCCCAUCCUCGAUCGUGCUCAAAAGACUGGUAUCGAGGUUUACGCACCGGCAUUACAUCGAAUGGGGGAAACUGGACCAUGGAACACGGGCGCAAACCUGGCUGAGCCGAACCACACAGCUGUGGAUAAUAACAAAGCUGUUGGCACAAAGAAAUUAUCUACGCCGAGUGUUACCAAAGUGCGAUUCCUUCCGGUACACCUCCAAAAUACACUUUACAGGGAACAGGGCCUGAUAUCUUUCCUUUGGUCACUCCGGAGCCCAUCAUUCAUGAACAAACGGGGCAUCCUACUCAAGGCUCAACCCGAAGCUAGUUGUACUCGCGUGCGGCAAAUGCACUCAGGCCCAAGGAAAAGCAAGCUCCACUCCAGCAAAAACUCUAAAUCCACCUAG